AUGUCGCCUAUCAGACAAUACGGUUGGUACCAAUGGCCCAUGCGUAUUUUCCAAUUAGCCAUCGCUACAAUCUGUUUGGCUUUGGCUGCUGCCCUCGUUGAUCAACAAGGCGACGGUGGUUCUCCCGGUAAGAUCAACUUUUGUGUCUUUGUCGGUUGCUUUUCCAUCUUGACGUUCUUCCUUACCGCCCUCGGUGCUUUCUGGCCUAAUCUUGUUGGUAAUGUUUAUUUAAUUGCUGCUUACGAUGCCUUAAACUGGAUUUUCGCUUUGACUGCAGGUGUCUGUAUUGCCGUGGCCAUUCGUGUCCAUUCUUGUGCAAACCGAAGCUUUUUGGACAGCAAUCAUUUCACCCAAGGCAGCGGCAAGCGUUGCAGAGAAUUGCGUGCUCUUUGUUUCUUUCUUUGGUUCUUGUUUGGUCUUUACCUUGUUUCCUUCAUUAUCCAAUUCUUCGUAAGACACGAUGUUGGUACUCAUACCUACAACAGCCGUGGUGGUGGUCGUAAGAAGGGAAGCGGCCCUGCCGUCGCUCCUCGUCCUGCCAUGUCGGCUGUUUAA